AUGGAUAACAUCGAUGAAAUAUCCCGGAAUUCGCUCAACUGGGAGGAUUUCUUUGGUUCCUCUCUUGAACUCGCACCAUCCCUCCUCAACCUGUAUGACCAUCGGAUUGCAACUGGGACCAAGGAUAAAGAUACAAGUGGCAACCACGUCGGUGAUAGGACCGGACCCAAAACGCGGUCACUGCCCUCCAAACCUCGCCAGGACAGUUUUGAUGGAGUGCAGUACCGCAGUGAAAUACUCCCCGCUGAACGCCCAGUUUCAAUGAUGGAUCACGGAUUAUCCACCCCCAGAAGCGUUUUAUCCCUAGUUGAUAUCAAAAAGAGGCCAUUAAGCAUAAGUUCUGUUUCAUCUACAUCGUUAACGUCAUCACCACGUCUUCCAAAGAAAAAAGUAAUUCCAUUAAGUGCUGACAAUACUGGCAUUAUGAAAAGAGACAGACAUGACUCUGACUGCACGCUGAUGCCUGACUGCAAAUCUGACCCUCGUGUUUUAUCUUUGUCGGAAUCAAGGCAGAGCGUAGACAGCGGUUGUGUGGAGGGCGAGAAGAAUGGGGAUAGAUACGCAGACAGUGUCAGCAUUACAUCGUCAGAUACUGGUAGCUGUAAGGAUGUGAGGGAUAACUCUCCAAGGGAUUGCUCUGUUCUUUUGUCACCUCUUGCAGAUAAACUUAAUUCGGUUCAGGCGUUACAUCAGACUCACGCAUUGAACGUUUGCCCUGCGUCGUCGUCAACAGAAUCCCACGAAAGUAGCGUGAUGGCUACUGUGGAUGUUCUAAGACUUAAGACAUCCAGUCUAAACAAGCAACAGGCAAAGAAUAUCGCCUCACCGGAACAUAUAGUUAAAUCAAAGCUGGCCUCAGAACACUCCUUUGGUAACAAUCCACCACGAACAGACUUUAGCGGCAGUCCUAAAAAUGCAUGCAGUUCUCCAAAUUCUGUAUCUCGCCAAGAAGCCAGAACGAAGUUUUUCUCUAACUACGAAGAAUACACUAGACAGUCAUUUUCGCUUCCUGCUUCCAUUGCGGAAGAAAACAUCGAACGAUCUUCUAGUCCACUAACUACAACAUCCAAUGACAUUUCAAAAAGGCCGCAACCAUCUUCACAAACAGCAUUACCGGUAGCAGCUUCAGAUGUAACUAGUCAUCAAGCUGGACCAGGGCACGUUUCAUACCACAAAAAACCCCCAUCGCCUACUUCACCAGAGUUAAAGCCUGAACGUAGAGAUCGUUCGUCUCAACUUUCGCCCACCUCAGAGAAACCGUCUAGAAGGUCAGAACGCUAUGGUCCUGUUUCUAAGCACGAACGGCAGCCAACAUCUCCCAAAUCUGGAUUUUCCAGGGUCUCAAAGAAGAGAGACUCUCAUGCUCCAUCGGAUCCCUGGAAAACGAUGGAGAAACUGCUUGACUCAGAGGAUGACAGGAAAGACAUAGCCUGCCUCUUUGGCAACAUACGGGAUAUAUACACGUUCGGGGUGGUCACAUUCUUGAGUGACCUUGAAGCAGCUGGCGCAGAUCCUGUGAAGGUUGCCCAGUGUUUUGUGAAAUACAACAAAGGUUUUGUUAUCUAUACAGAUUAUUGUACCAAUUAUCCCAGGGCUGUGGAGGUUUUAACCAGAUUCAUGCAGCAUCCAUCCCUAAGUCAACUAUGCAAAGAGAGGCAGCAUUCACUUGGCCAUGCUCUCCCAUUGGGAGCAUAUUUGCUCAAGCCAGUUCAGAGAAUCUUGAAAUACCAUUUGCUCUUACAUAACAUUGUGAAAAACUGUGAAAAAGACAGGGAGGAAGCUGCCGUUCUUGAAAAGGCUUUUCAUCACAUGACUCAGAUGGCUCAUCACAUCAAUGAAAUGAAGCGGAAACAUGAACAUGCAGUGAGGAUCCAGGAGAUACAGAGCCAGCUGGAGGACUAUGUUGGUGAGGAUCUGACAAGGCUGGGAGAGCUGGUGCUUGAGGGGACAUUCAAAGUGAAUGGAGCAAAAGCAUCCAGACAAGUAUUUUUGUUUGAAAGAGGUCUGCUGAUCAGCAAGUUGAAGGAAGGAGGCAUGCUGAGCUGUAAGACAUUCAUACCAUGUUCUAAUCUGAUGCUCAUUGAAGUGAUUCCGAAUGAUCCCUUGAGCUUCCAUAUCAUUCCAUUUGACAAUCCCAGAGCUCAAGAUACACUUCAGGCCAGAAACAUGGAACAGAAACGACGAUGGUGUCAUGACAUUAAGCAUCAGAUACUAGAAAGUUUUAAAGGACGUAUACCAGACAAUGCAAAGAAUUUGAUUAUGCAGCUGGGAAAAGACUGGAAUGAUGAUUAUUUAUCUAGAGAUGCUUUGGAUUCUGGGAAAAGAAAUCAGCAUAAUGCACCAGAAUAUUUGGAAAAAAGAAGAUUUCGCCGGAAGUCUGGAUCUCGCUUGCCAGAUUUCAGUCUUCUGAUACCUCAGAAAACAAAGAAAG